AUGCCUCGUCGCAAGCGCGCCGCCGAAGUUAUCGAUCUUACCGGCGAUACUCCUGAACCAGCUCGGAAGCGACCUGCUGUGUCUUCUUCGCAAACUUCUCGGGCAUCUUCUGGCCUGAAUAACUCAUCUCAGAGGAACCAAUCAUGGGCUUAUUCAUCGUCCACACAAGAGCCCGACUAUCUGGAUUUGACGCAAGACGACGACUCCUUUGGCAGGGAAUUUUAUGGCACUUUUGAUGCAAAAAUAGUAGGCGUCAGGUACUAUGACGGAUAUGCUUCACCUGGCGAGGCCGUCUUGUGUCACAGAGAGCCCACAAAUCAGUAUGACAGAAAUGCUAUCCGAAUAGACAACGUGCUUCACCAGCAAAUAGGCCACUUGCCUCGCACAGUUGUUGAAAAACUCGCCCACUAUAUCGACUCUGGCGACCUCACCGUGGAAGGCCAAAUCAUAGGAGAAAAGGCUUACUACGAUUGUCCCAUUAGAUUGUCUUUUUACGGGCCAAGUGACCCUGCUGAACGAACAAGAAUCGAGGCUGCUUUAAAGGCAGAUAAAUUUGUCAAGGCAACUCAGCUAAAGCAGACCAGAAAAGAUGCCGAAUCACGUAGGGUAGUGCUUGGGCUAUCUCAAAGGAUUUCCACUGCUGGAUUCGGCGAUUCAGGUCGGGAGGUUCCUGAAAUAUCCCUCGAAGAAAUCCUCCAGUCUAGCGAUGCAGUCGAGUUCCGCAAAGGCGGCGAUGCCAUCAAGACGUUGGCGAUGGGCGAGGAGGAGCUGUCCAAGAUGCCACAGGCUGAACAACCAAGCCAGCUCAAGUCUACUCUUCUGCCGUAUCAGCUACAGGGCUUGGCCUGGAUGCAAUCGAAGGAGAACCCCCAGCUUCCAGCUGUUGGGUCGGAUACGGUAACUCAGCUUUGGAGACGCGACAACAAGGGCCGAUACUGGAAUGUCGCUUCUGAAUUCAUUACCUCCAAAGCGCCGACGCUCUUCUCAGGCGGCAUUCUUGCUGACGAUAUGGGCUUGGGAAAGACACUCCAGAUCAUCAGCUUAAUCCUCACCGGUGGCUCUGGUUCAACGCUCAUUGUUGCUCCCGUCAGUGUGAUGAGCAACUGGGAGCAACAAAUUCGAAGGCACGUCAAAGAGGAACAUCAGCCAAGUAUCCUAAUAUAUCAUGGUGCCAAGAAAGUGGCAGCCCAAGACCUCAUGGCGUACAACGUCGUCAUUACUAGCUACGGUACACUUGCCAAGGAACUGGAUAAUGGCGUCAGCAAAACUUUAUUGAGUACAAAGAAAAACUGGCGGCGAGUUGUGCUUGAUGAAGGGCACACCAUACGAAACGUAAAGACUAAAGCGGCUCUGGCAGCUUGUGAACUCAAAGCCCAGUCUCGUUGGGUGCUCACUGGAACCCCCAUUGUCAACUCCGUCAAGGAUCUCCAGUCUCUGGUCAAGUUUCUGCACAUCACUGGAGGCAUUGAACAACCCGAGAUAUUUGGCAAUGCAAUCUCGCGCAAAUUAAUGAUGGGUGAUCGCAGUGGGGAGGCUCUUUUGCAGUCUCUGAUGCAAGACAUCUGUCUACGACGUCGGAAAGACAUGAAAUUUGUUGACCUCAAACUUCCCAAGAAGACAGAGUACCUCCACCGAAUCGCAUUCCACCCAGAAGAAAAGGCCAAAUACGAUGCUCUAUUAUCUGAAGCCAGGGGUGUGCUAGAGGAAUACCAAGCAAAAUCUCAGACCGGACAAAAGGGUCGCUUCCAAAACGUCUUGGAGCGCCUUCUUCGGCUCCGGCAAUCGUGCAAUCACUGGACUCUGUGCAGAGAACGGAUCGAUGAUCUUAUGCAGAUGCUCAAAGACCAAGACGUUGUGCCCUUGACGGAAAAGAACCGCGCAUUGUUGCAAGAAGCUCUUCGGCUGUACAUUGACAGUCAAGAAGAAUGCGCAAUUUGCUACGAGGUGCCCACCAACCCAGUGAUUACAAACUGUCAGCAUGUGUUCUGUCGCCACUGCAUCGCCAGGGCAAUUCAGCUACAGCACAAAUGCCCCAUGUGCCGCAACCCGCUGACAGAAGACAAUCUUCUGGAACCAGCUCCCGAAGGUGCAUUUGACAAGAACUUUGAUACCGAAAAGCAGAGUUCAAAGACAGAGGCAAUGCUGCAGAUAGUUCGAGCCACGCUUAACAAUCAGGGCUCAAAAAUUGUCAUCUUCUCACAGUGGACAUCGUUCCUCAACAUUGUGGAGAAGCAGCUCGAAGGUGCAGGGCUGAAGUACUGUAGGAUUGAUGGAAGCAUGAAUACAGAGAAACGAGACCAGGCCAUCGACGCCCUCGACAAUGACUCUGAGACACGCAUCAUGCUGGCCAGUCUGGCGGUUUGCAGCGUUGGACUUAACCUUGUUUCCGCGGAUACGGUGAUUUUAUCCGACAGCUGGUGGGCAUCAGCGAUUGAAGACCAGGCUGUUGAUCGAGUACACCGCCUCGGCCAAAGACACGAGACGAAGAUUUGGCGUCUUGUUAUGGAGAAUACCAUUGAAGAGCGCGUGCUGGAUGUUCAACAGGAGAAGCGUGACCUAGUCACCAAGGCGUUCCAGGAAAAGGGCAAGACGAAGAAGUCCAACGAGACGAGGAUGGCGGAUGUAAUGAAGUUGCUUUCUUAG